AAUCUGGAGCGGACCGGCCACGUUGCCCGGAGGACCUGGCGGGAGACUGGAAGUUGCGCGGUGGUGGCAGGAAUGGAUCAAAGCAAUGAAGGAAGUAUGAAGAAGAUUAGCAAUGUGAAUCUUGACAAACUGAUAGAUGACUUCUCGCAGAUAGAAAAGAAAAUGAUAGAAACCACUGGAAAGAACAACCGUCUGGAUAUCCAGCUGGAGAAGACUAAUAGUUUAUUAAAGAUAAUGCAAACAAAAGAGGCCACAAUCAAAGAAGAAUGUACUACUCUUCAUACUAUGAUAAAAGGGCUACAACAGACUAUUCAAUAUCAACACAAUUUGAAAAGUGAAAAUGAACAACUAAAAAGAAAUGUUGAUUUGAUGAAAGAGAAGUUAAAAUCCCAUGAGCAGGAAUAUAUGAAUAAUAUUGCCAAACUUAUAAGUGAAAUGAAAGUCAAAGAGGAGGGACAUAAAAUCGAAAUGAGCAAACUUUAUCAGGAUAUGCAAAAAAAAGUUGAAUUAAAUGAAGAAAAGCACAAAGAAUUAAUGGCAAAGAAGGAGAUGGAAAUAGCAGAGUUAAAUGCAAAAUUACGAACUCAAGAGAAGGAAAAGCAAAAUGAAAUACUCAGACUACGUCUAGAAUUUGACACCAAACUAGCAAGAAUUCAGACGAAGUCAAAAUCCUAUGCAGAUGCUACUAUUCUGCCACAAAGUAUCUACAGGAGGAAGCUUCAACAUCUUCAAGAGGAAAAGAGCAAGGAGAUUUCGAGUCUCCAGAACACCAUCCGAGACCUGGAGCAGCGCCUUGCAGUGGCCAAAGACUCCCGCCUCACACGGAGACGGUUUUGAGUGAGCACUUUAUGCAACAGCUACAACUUAAUUUCUUGAAAGGCAUUUAAAAAAAUCACUUCUUUUUCAAUGUGAGCAUGCUAAAUAAUAAAGACGCACACUUUUAAGCUUUUUAAAAUUGCAUUUAUUGAGAUAAGUCUGUACUGUGGCCAAUUCUGUACUGCAUUCUUGCUUAAUGGUAUUAGCCAUAAAAAAGUUCAGGUUCAUAGGGCCGAGUUUCUCUAUUAAACCAUCAUUGAUUAUGGAAAUACUGUCUUAAGCAGCAUGCAGGUUAACAACAUACUUUUCUUCCAUUCUUUCAAGACAAUCACUCACAGUUCAGAAGAACAAUACAACACAAGAUGAAGAAAAUAAGAUACACAGAUGUAUGUAGUAAAGGAAAGCUAGUAGUCUUAGAUAUAAAAAAGAUAAGUAGAUAUUAAGAUGUAGUCUGUUUAAGAUUUAGUUGGUUAAAAAUGUAAGAUUAAAGAGAUGAAGUUCUUGUUGUUUUGAGAGUUUAAGUAAAGAAAAAACUGGAAAA